CGGAAAUAAGCGAGAAUGACGUCACGUUCGUAUAAACGAAAAGAAAUACAAAACUAAAAUGGCGACUCUGGACGACAGUCCGUCGCUAUUUUCAGGGCAACAGUGGUCAGAUUGGGCAGAUGCUGUCUUGCCUGACACUGAACCUGAUGAUCAUAAAAUUGAUACUGCUGAGGAUGGUACAGAAACAGACAGUAUGAAGUUAAAACUGGAAGACAUGCCGCUGUUUGGACUGUGUCCAUCAAGGGAUGAAUUCUACCUGGUUGUCUGUGAUAGAUGUAAUCAGGUUCUCAAACCACAAGCAUUUCAGGCCCAUUUAGAUAUUCGCCAUGGAGGAAAAGGCAGUUAUUCGACACAUUCAUCAUCGAAUCUUCAUCCAACCUCCGCUCCUCAUUCUGUCUCCUCCAAAUCCCACACGAAAACACAUUCACCAAACAAGUCCCAUACAAAAUCGUCUCGAUCUAAACCACCGAACAGUUCCCCAACAAAAUCUCACAGACCUUCUCAUUCACCACAGCCACUCAAAAUUCACAGCAAAGAUCUAUUAAGCUCAGGAACUGACAGUGCCUCGUACCUUAAACCUGUGAAGCAGACUAUUCAGACAAAAGCUAGUGUUAAAGAGCCCCCACCUUCGUUUGAUACUGCCACGAGAGUGGGGGCUGGAAAUGCUACUGACAAAGUGAAGGACAGUUAUCGUAUUCAUAAUAUUCACAAGGAAAAUUCCGUAACGCCUGUCGUAAAAGUGGAGCGAAUGCGAGAUUCCUUAGCGGUGAAAGCACAUAGAGAAACUUUUGGCAGUGCCCGAACCUCAUUAACAAAUGGCUCAAUACGUGACUCCCAGUCCCCACCCACCUCUUUGCCAGUGAUCAGUGACAAUAUCAAUAAGGAGCGUGAUAUUAAGUUUGUGCCAGAGUCCCCGAUCCCAGACCUGACCCCGGCUCAUGACACGUACAUAGAUGAGCUAGACGUGGCCCAGGCAUCAGAGAUCGACACGGCUGUGAGCUCCAUACUGGAGGUCAACUCCCCGGGCCCUGACCUUGACCCUGACCCCGGGGGUGGGGGAUGGUCGCCAUGGCAACCUCAUCAACAACAAUCACCAAACACUGUAACAAUGGCCAACAUGACCGCUGCCUCUACGACUGUGGUUACUAGUGUGAUGAAUACCACAACGUCCACUUUUAAACUGAGCAAUAUAGGUGGGCUUGGCUCGUUCUGUGUCAACUUACAGCCUAGUACCGCACUGGCAACAAAUGGUCAUUUACAUUCAGCUUCUACGAGUGUGGCAAACAAUACCAGCUUUAAAUCCACAAGUUCUUCUUUAAGUGAUACGACUAAAAGCAGUAUUAUUUGUGACAGUAGUAACAUGGAAAGUAUAAGUGAUAUUGUAAAGUCUGCUGUAAACUCUGGAAACACUGGGGGCUUCAAAAGCCUCAGUCCGCUGUUAUCUAGUCCUCAAAUACAGUUCAACAGCCUCAAUAAUAACAAACUGUGCUCAUUUAAGUCACCAUCGAAAAUCAGCAAUUUAAUAAAAUCUCAUAGCAGUGUAAACAUGGUAAAAUCAGGGUCCAAAUUAAGUCCGGGCAGUUCAGUGUUCAAGUCCAACAGCAUUGGUGCCAUUGUGGGCGUGUCUGACAAUGGAGGAGUGAACUCUGACGCAAUCAAGAAAUUCCAGAUGCUCAACAGGCCGGACAAGAUUAUUCCACUGAAAGAUCGCGAAUACGACCCUAAUAAGCACUGUGGCGUCAUCAUGGCAGAAACGGGGAAACCAUGUGCAAGAUCUCUUACAUGCAAGUCGCAUGCCCUCUCUCUGCGCCGUGCGGUGACCGGUCGGCGCCUCCCGUUUGAUGAGCUCCUCCAGGAGCACCGUGACGCCAAGGAGGCGUACAUCAAGGCCAAGAAUGAGAUCAAGGAGGCCACCGCAGCGCACAAAGCACAGACUGGUGCGCAGGCUGGCAAGAGCAGUCUGGCCACCGCCCUUGUGGCCCCCCACCGUCCCAUUCAGUCUGGCACUACCACCAUCACCCCUGUGAAGACCGUAAGUGCCAAUAUGGGGCAGGUAUCCAGAGAUGGCAAGCCAAUAUUAAACCCACUGGUUUCUGGACCCAGGCCGGCCACUGUACAGAGACCUGCCAGUAUUUCCUCCCAUAGAAGCAGUUUGGGCAGUAUUGGUUCCCCGUAUUCCCAGGACGAGCUGCUGUCCCCUGGGAGCCGGGCUGGGGAGAAGUCAGGAGGGGAUGAGGAGGAGGACAGCAACUACACGCCCUACCACCCUCGCCCCAUCGCUGCGUGUUCCUUUGGUGCUCGCUACCACAACAACUAUGGCAGUCGCUUUGGUUGCCAUGCGUUCGGUCGGCGCACAGACUACGUUCGUGCAAUAUUCCUCGAAAUGCUGGAGAAACAUUCGAACCCUUCCCCAGCCAAGAAGGUGUGUUUAGAAUCUCGCGAUGUCGACUCCAGUCAUUCAGACCCGUAUGAGUUUGUUCAGCUGGACGGGAGUGGAAGCCUACUGGGUCAGCAGCUGGUCCAGGCGCCGGGCAUGCUGACAUCCAUUGCCCCCAACAAGGUCAUCAAGCAGAAGGCGAAGGCCGGCAUCAUCAGUGGACCAACCGUGGUCUCAGGGACUAAACCAAAGUUAAAAGACACCUUAGCUCAAUCUCAAUCAAAGACACUCCAAGUCGGUGCUAGUUUGACCGGUUUGACCACAGCAGGCCUGUUGCAGCAAGGCCCAGGCCCAUCUGCAGCCAAAAAGCGUAAAGGAAGUGGCAGUGCUGGUGCUGGGACCUUGAAUGUUCAGUCCAACCUGGGUCACGCAACUCUAGUCACAGCGACCCACAAUCUCAUAGGUAACGUCGGGGCCCUCUCGCACACUUCUAGUGGGAACCAGCCCCAAUUUGCCAUAGCCAUCCCUAGUGUCAACAUCAGUGGGGCAACUCUCAGUCAGCUGGGAGCCAGUCUUGUAUCUGCAGGCAACCUUAAACAUAAAAACAGCGUAAUCAAAGACAUGGGCUUCUAUGUGACUGGCAUUCCUCAAGAAGCCCUACUCAAUGGGCAAAUUGUAAAUAUAACCAAUUCACAAAUAGCUUCAGCUGAUUUACAGAACGCUAGUGCAAACCAAAUGCAAGCUGUACACUCCAAUGAUGACGGCACUAAUAAAACAAUUCACCAAGUGAACGUGAUAAACAGUAAGACGCUGUCCCAGCAGCAAAAGUUCAUAAACAGCCUGGAUAUCCGUACCCUGCAGGUUGGGAAGGGAGGUCUGAUCACGGGACUUCCACCCAAUGCUGUGAUACUGGACGGCAGUCUGCAGGGUGGGGCGGUGCUACAGCCGGUCAGUCUGACCUCUUCAGGAGGUCACACCAUGGUCAGUGUAGGGGGCUCUGUGUUCUCCACCGUGGGCCUCCAGUCAGCGCACUCCGCGGCUCAGGUGCGUCACUUGCAUCAGCAGGGUAGCACAGUGAGCCUGGUGUCGGCCCCCACCCUACAGAACGGGGUCAUCUCCAACCAGUCCGCCUCACAUCAAGGCCUGUCUCAGCAGGUGUUCCAGUCGAAGCCUGGGCUGGGUCAGCCUGUGCUCCAGCAGGCUCGCACCUCCCACUCAGCCAACAUCCUUCCCAGCACCCAACUACACACCCACAAUCUCACGUUCCAUACCACCACCAACAUGGCCGGCAUCCCGUCUCAAAUAAGCGCCAACCCAAACUCAAUGCUGCCCGGGCAGAUCCAUAUAAAGAAUAACUUGCUACAAAAGCCUGGCGGUGCUCUAAGUGUGAAUAAGAUGGGACUUCAGCCUGUGUCUAUCAAUAUUCCCUUCAUGACCGGUCUGGGUGGCGGGGACAUGCAGACCCAGCAGCGAACGUUGUACAUCACCAGUGAUGAUCCCCAGAAACGGUCCCUACAGAUACAGAAGUCAGAUCUACAGGCCAACAGUUCUCCGUCAAAUUCAAUCAUUUCAUAGCGAUACACAUGCACAAACCAUGGUGAUGUCAGUGAUUAAAAGGCUUGCAGUCUGUUCAUACCUGGUUGAGCUAAUCCAGUGGCAUCAUCAUAGUUUGUGCAGGGGUAUUAUGAUUUGAUUGGUGCUUUAAUAUUUUACAGAUACAUUCAGCUCUAACACAUUUUUUCCAAAAAAUGCUGUUGAAAAAAAACAGGCAUGUUAUUUAUGCUUCCACAUGGUGGGAGAUUUUAAGAAUUGCUCUUGUCUGUCCGUACGUACAUCCCAAAGCUUGUGUUUUGAAUACCUCAUUUAUAAAGGGUGUAUCUUGCUCAAAAUUGCAUUGUUGAAUGUUCUUACUGUGUAGAUGAUUGUAAAGAAAGAAAUGUAAGAUAAGACAAGUUUUGGCAGAAUUAUUGCCCUUUUUCUGUUUUUCCACCAUAGAAAUAGUCACACAAUUUGUUGGUUUUAAUUCCAAUUUUGCAACUGGUUGGAUCUUGCUAAAACUUUAAUAGCUGCAUAACCUUAAUGUGUAGAUGAUUGAAAAGACAGGAAUAGGGAUUGCGACCAUUUUUGGCUGAAAUAUGCUUCUUUGUCUUUUUGUCUACUGUAGAAUAUCAUGUGGCUUAGUCCAUGUCCAAGCAUGUAUUUCAGGGGCAUCAAUGUCUGUGAUGCAUUUCUAGUUAGGAAUGCAAUUUGUAUUUUAACUAAAUUAUUAACAUUAACUUAGUUGACCCUGUCUAAUUAAGUUUCACUGGUCAAAUUAUUUUGAGAUUUUAAGUUCCUUCCAUAAAUGAUAUCAAUGAAUGAGUUUCUUUAUAAGAAGGGAACGCAUGACCUUAAAUUUGAUAAUGAAACAUGUUUUUUCAUUUGAUAAUUUUAGGCAUGUGCAUGCAUUAUUUACAUUGUACUGUAACAUCAGCUAAAGUUGUUUCAGUUGAAGUUGUUUAAAGCUCGACUAUUCACUGAAUAGUACUAGCUAUUCUACUCCCCAAAAUGUCUGAGACUACACAAUGCUCUGUUUACAUUAAACACACACCAUCUCUAUACAACUGUUUCUAGUACAGGUCUUUAAUUUAAACUUAACAUAUAUUUCACGUUCAGGGUCAUUGUUUGAGGUCACUAAUUUAGCUGAAUUAUCCACCUUUUAUGUGCUUCAGGUCAAUGUUUGAGUACAACUAAUUUCCAAAUUUCUAAGCAGGUCACAAAAUAACAGCUCCUGCUCAGAAAAUUUGCAGGGAGUGAGGUCGAAAUAAAGAGUGAAUAUUAAUACGAAAUAAACGCUUAUUACUUUUUUGCUGAUAUGGCUGGAAAGUGAGUGGCAUUUAAACAUUUCAACGUAAGGGCACUGUUUAUAAAACUAUACAUAAACUCUGAGUUUAGUUAGGAUGGAGAUAUUUUGCUGAAAUUUUGUUUGAUGAUAUAUUUACUUCUGAUUUAACAAGGGAUUACAUUUUUGCCAGUGGGACCUAGGUCACUGCUACUUAAAAUAAAGAAACAUUUUCCAUCGAAACACCGAAGUGACGGACUUAUUGGGCUGUUAUAUUGUUUGUUGGUAGAUGUAGCUGACAUGCAGGCCUAGGUUAUGAUUGAAGUUGGGCCAGCAUGGUCAAGGUCACUGUUUCUAAAAAUAGAAAAAAUGGUGUCCACUCAAUAGUCUAGGAAGGUAAUUUUAUGUGCAAUUAGCUUAUAAGCUGCAGACCUUGCUUGCAAAGUUAAUUAAAUUCAGCUAACUUAAUUUGUAAAAAUGAAAAAAUCUUAUUUCUUGGCAUGGUCACAUUUCUUGUUUUAAUUUUAUUGAUGUUCAUAUUUUACUUCACAGAUGCUACAUAGAUAUAUAGAUACAGACACAGAUAUUCAAAUUUGUUUGUGUGGUCAUUUUAUCAGGUGACUUACAGAAAAAUUAAGUAUACUAUAAGAGUUGAAGAAAAGUUGAGUGUGCUGUCUUUGGCCAGCACUUGUUAGGGAAAAAAAGAAGAAUAUGUUGUACUAACUACUGUAGGUGGCCCAUUGAGCAUCCUGACUGGCCUCUGACUUUCUAAAUUGUCAUAUAUUUUAUAAAACAUCCAACCUAAGAAUGUAUUCACCCCAGCAAGGAUGUAACAUGACUUUCCACCUACUUUCUAGACUAUUACAUGUAUUUACUUCCUUGCUAGAAAUGCUUCCACCCAAGGAUAGAAAGUAAUAUGUUCUUAUUUCCCAGAACAUAAAGAGAAACCAGCAAAAUCCCUUGUCACAAAAUUUCCCCACCGUAUUUGAUGAGUGCGCAUAACAGUUAACGCCUUUGUAACUUUCAGUCUCACUGGUUCUAUAGAGCGGCGUUUUGGUAAAACCGGGCUAAAUGCAUUAACCAAUACCCCAGAAGCAAAGUCAAAAGGUUUUAUGCUGUUUGCUGCUCAUCAGUUUCUUAAGGUUAGAAAUGAAUCCGUUAAAACUUGAUUCUAGUGAAGAUUUUAAAUUUAAUUAGAUUUUCUAAGCGACUACAAACGCAUCAAAAUGCAUGUAUAAGAGGUAAAAGGUUAAGCCCAGUUUUCUCAAAAACACAGCUCAUAUCUACGCCACAUGUUGUCAGUUUUCCAUUCCUGUGAAUAGUCAGGGAUAUAUCGUGGGCCAACUCUUGCAAAUCUCCAGGAAAAGUUUGCAUGCCACAUUUUCUCUUUUGAAUCAAAAUCAUUACUGUUACCAUGUUUGUUUAUGACUGUGAUAUGUUGUUCUUGUUUUCCCUUUCAAUUGUACAGAUGUUUAUUACUAGCUGUCUUAUCUCUCAUUUCUAUACUUGUUUUCCAUUUAUUUAUGAUUAGAUGAUAUUUAAACGGUGAUUUUUUAAUGAAGCAUUUGCAUUUUUUCCUGGUUGUAAAUGUGUACAAAUGUUUUAUAUCAGAUUGUAGAUAUGUGUCUAUGGCAGUAGUAGUUGUCUAGAUUACUGUAAGCCCAUUUAAUAAAAACAGAAAAUUUUACAGUAUUUAGCUUGUAUGCAAUUAGGUUUUAUAUAAAAUUGUAAUUUACUUUGUAAUUUAAAAACAAGUACAGCUAAAAAAAUAUGUGUAUAUAAGUUUAACUAUCUUACUUUGAAAAUAUAAUAAAUAUACAUUUAUUUAAAAACAGCAAUUUUCAAUUUCUCAGUUCUGUGACAUUGUUAGCAUUUUGCUCUUUACCAUUUGAGCCACGUCAUGCAAAAAUGGGUCUUAUGCCAUAUGCGCCCAGGCUAGCUCUACAACGUUUGGUGCAUCCUUGCUGUCUGUGAGCGGCUUAUGUUACCAGGAAUCUUUGCAUGACUUGAUAGUGGAUAGCAUAGCUCCUGGCCGGACUGUGUGAUUGCACAGGCUGGUCUGGAGCUUUGCUGACCACGUAAGGCAAAAGACCUUUUUUUGCAUGAUACAGGUCAUUCAUUCUCAGGGUAAGUCCAGUAUAAUUUGAAAGUUCAGAAUAUUUUAGUGACAACUCCCAAUUUUGUUUUGUUAUUUUCUGUCUCCAACCACUGAUGUUAGUCACUAAUGCAUGUCCACUGUAUUAUAUGCAAAUGUUUGAGCCCAGUGCUGAAACUUGUGUUGACAAGGCAAUCUUAACAUACAAUUAGUCAGUUUAGUACAACACUCUAGUAUUGGCAAAUAUCUUGCUUAAUAAUAUAUUGAUUGAAUACAAGUAUGUUGAUAAUAGAUCUUGAACCGUAAAUAUGCAUAACUGUAAAUUAAAAGAGCCCUUUUCCAGGAAAACUGGGCUUAAUGCAGGUGUGUAAAGUAUCGUCACAUUUUAGCCUGUGCAGUCUGCUUUCCCUUUUACAAAAAAUUCCAUAAAAGGGCAAAGUGUGGUCCCUGAUUAGCCUGUGUAGACUGCUCAUACUUAUCUGGGCGACACUGUGCACACAUGUAUUAAGCCCCAUAUUCCCAAAAGGAUGCUCAUUUGUUUACUUAACAUAUUCAAGAACAAAGAAUGACAAUGUUAUCAUUUUAACAAGUGUAUUAAUAUGCAUACUUCUAGCUAAUAUUUGAUUUUGUUAUGUCUCAGUUAUUGGUUUGCCAUUCAUAGGUAUGUAACAAGUACUGGUAUAUUAUAUAUUCAGUGUAUUCCGACAGCACUGUGGGCCAGCAAUUUCACUGGUUACCUGUACUAACAAUCUAUGCCCUGGCUACUUUUCCCCAAAAUAUAAAUUUGAAACGGGGCAAAAAAUAGUGCUAAAUCGCUGGCUUCUUUUAAAAUUUUACUGGUUACUAAAAAUUUAUGGAGAACACUGCAUUAUAUUAAACAGUAUUUUUGACAGCCUUAUUUGUACUCUUGCUACCGGUAUUCAAUCAAAUAUUAAUAUAAGUUGAAAAAAUAUUCAAUUAAAAUAAGAAUAUAUAUUGAGUUAUUAGUUGACAUUCACGCUUUUCUUUUCAAUGACGAUUUCUAACUAAGUUGUGCAUGAGAAACAUUGCAGUGAGUUCAUAUGUACACACUUAUACUUAACAGGCAUGUAUGUUAAAGCAGUUAUUGCAUUUUUAUAUCUGAAGAAAUAGCGAUUUCCCCUAUGGUGGAAAAAGUAGGAAUCUUGUCUAUUUUCUCUGGUUUCUAAUGUGUUACUUUCAUAACUGAGUGGAAUUUUUAAUAUAUAUAGAUUUUCAUUAAUAAAAUUAUAGUAAUUGUUAUAAAAAAGAAAAUAGAUUUUUUAUUAAUGUCUUUUAUUGUUCGCUGCUUUGCUGUUAAUAAUUAGAGAUAUUAUUGUUUUAUCUUGACAGUUAAAAUUUCUUAAUUAAAGCCCUGUUUUCAAAGAAGAAUGAAAUAAACAUGAUUGUUUCUAUAACAUGAUGGUAUAAAGUUGUAAGGUGAUAAUUACAACUGGCUUUAUAUACCACAGGCUGAGUUGGUGCGUAUUUAUCCCUACUGUGGCCAGCUCUAGCUACUAUUAAUUAACACUAUGUGAGCCUUGCUCUGCGAAAAUGGUGUUUAACAAAUGUGGGUAAAUGUCCCAUAUUAGCCUGUGCAGUCAUAAAAGAAUAGUGUUGUCUCUGAUUAGCCUGUGUUGAGUGCAUAUGCUAAUCUGGACAACACUUUCCACACAUGUUUGAAGCCCAGUGUAGCCAGACCUAGGCUAUAUAGUGGUUUAUUUAACUAUCGUAUAACCUUUCAGCUGUUAUUUUUCACAUACUUAUAUAGAAUGUACAUUGGUAUCAAAACAUGAACAUGUAACAGCAAUAGGGUUGAAAAAAAAUGAUGGUCUUGCAAGGAUUUGAAUCAUUUGUUCACUUAUUAAUUUUAAUAUUCGUCCGAUAUUUUCAUCUGAGGUGUAUUAAGCAUUGGUAAUUCUUUGAAAUUCUGUCAUGUGUCCAACUUAAACCAAUAAUCAUAGAAUGUACAACAUAUAUAAUAUGCACAAAAAGUCCAUUUCGAGGGGUAGCUAUUUGCAUUAAAUGCUGCUGCAUUUGAUAACAUUGUUCCUGUAGAUAUCUCCUGUACCGUUAUAUUUAAAGUAUGCCCCAUGUAUGAAUUGCCUAGUCUCUGUUCUAUGUGUAAAACACAUCACUUACAUGACAUAUCUCACUAUUCGGCCAUUUCUGUGUUCCUCUAAAGUGUAUUCGUUUGGUUUGCAUGUAUUGUUGUUUUUGUUAUGUGUUUACUACUACUUUUAUUUUUGUACCAUAUAAUUGACAUGUUGAAUGAAUUGAACUUGUUUUGUAAAUGAUAUUCUGUUAAAAUGAAUUUAUACCAAACAUGAAAAAUGCAAAAUAAAAUAAUAUAAAUACUGUAA